AUAAAUACCAAUAAUAAGAAAGAAAAACAAACUUCUGUGGAAUAAAAAAAGGAAAACAAAAAAAUUAAGUGGAAAAUCAAACAAAAAUUGUGUUUGUGUGUGUUUUUUCAUUUUGAAAUACAAAAUAAAACAAAAAUUACAAAAAAAAAAUAUUCAAAGCAUCCAUCAACAAAGACAACAAAAUAGAAAAAUAAAAUUGAAAUAAAACAUCAUGUCGGCCUUUAAGGCCAACGUUGCAAUGAAAGCACAUGGUGGCUUAAACAUUGUUAAUAACAAUAAAAGCAAAAACAAUAAUAAACAGCAACAUCAUGUGCAACAACUUAACAACAGCGACAACAAAAUGCUAAAGAACAGGUUCUUAACAAAAAAUAAAAUAAAAUCUUCAUCCACAACAACAUCAUCUUCAUCGUCCGCAGCAUCGUUAUUGUCUUCAUCGUCGUCAUUGUCAUCAGCAGCCACAACAUUGCCGCCAACACUUGCUACAAUAACAACAAAAGCAGCACCAACACAAACAUCAUCAUCAUCAUUAUCAUCUUUAACAAUUGCUCUUCUAUUGAUCGUUUGCAUUCUAAGUGGCCACAUUGUGGUGGCUGGCAGUGCUGGUGCUGUCCGACCCGGUACUGGCAAUCCCUCAGCACGUUUGCCACGUACCAGUGCCAGUCAAUUGAAUAGCGGUAAUGGCACUAGUGGCACUAGUGCUGCCUAUAAAUUGGCUGCCAAAUCAUUGAACAGUUCCAACACUCGCAACGGCAAUUUACGCACAAGAGAACAACAAUUGCUAAAUAUAUUUGAGGUAAUUAUCAAUACCUUGGAGGGUAAAUUGAAACGUAUAGAUAAUCUGGACAAGUCUGUGGAACACAUGAUGAAACGUAUGGAAAUCUUGGAUAAUCGUGUAUCAGAUAAUCUAGUGAAAACCGAUUCAGUUAUUUCGAAAUUAAGAUCUUUAGAUACAAAAAUCUCCAAUGAUAUUAUUGAUACGGGUCAUAUAAUUGGUGCAGAGAAUCGUGCGGCAAAUGGACGAUCGGCUCGUACUUCCUCCGCAUCAUCCACGCAACAGUUGGACAAUCGUUUAGUGUUGCUCGAUCAGAAAGUCAGUGACAUAGAUUCAAAAUUGGAAGUACUGAAAAAUCAAAUAGACAACAAUCUGCUGCAAGUGGAUGAAUUCAAUGCCGAGGCCAGUGAAAAGAAGCCCAUCAGCAUGAAUGUCAUUGAAAUCACCAAGGCCAUGAAUGCAGAGGUCAUGUCGCAUGUCUCCAAUGAACUAAUUGAACUGAGAGAUACCACCGACAAUAUCGACAAGAAACUACAAUUCCAUAUUAAUAUAGUGUCGGAAAAUGUUGGCCGCAUGUUGCGCAUGGUGGGCGAUAUACACGAAGCUGUAGUCGAUCAUCAUGUACAGUACAAUAAUUUGAAUGCCACCACCACGGCUUUGCCUCUUAUCAAGUCAAGUAAAAUUGAUGCCUUAGUUAAGCAAAUUCGUCCCAUGGUUUCGGUUUCCGAAAAAAUGGAUGAAGUUUGGGAUGUUGUGGUGGGCACUAAAUCCUCGGUAGACCACUUAUUGCCCAAAUCGGAUGCUUUACUUACACAAACUCAAAGACAGGAGAGAGCUAUUGGGGAAAUUCAUCAAGAUUUGAAAACUAAAACGAAUUUGAUUAUCAACAACUUGGAUAUGGUUGAGAAGCGCCUUAAGAAACAAGAAGAUGAUGUGCAAUUAUUGGCUCAAAGACCAGUACCGGCUGAACUUUUAAUGGAUCCAACCAUAGAUCGUUUGGUGGAAUAUGAUCCCAAUAGAUACUCCGUCAUUGAUGACUAUACCGCACAAAGUAGUAGUACAUCCCCGACAACAUCAACUAUUCCAACAACACCCUCUACUGCUUCGUUAGCAGCAACACCAACACCCUCAACUAUUUCUUCUCCUUCUUCUACCAUAAACAAUCCAACUUCCUACUCUUCUUCCUCCUCAUCCUCCUCUACAUCGAAUACAACCCCCACUGUAGUGUUGGCCAAUUCUGUCUCUGGUACAUAUUCUUCUACCACACCAACAUUACCCACCACAAUUGCUGCAGGUGUUAAUUCUAAUCAAACUACUUCCUCCACCACCUCAUCAACAUCUUCGACGACCACAUCAUCAAGCAGCAGUUCUUCGUCAUCGUCCUCCUCGACAGCAUCGACGUCAUCAACCAAACCUAUAUCGCGCAAAGGUGGCAUUAUAUUUCCCAGUGUUAAGAACAAACCCUCAGUGGUGAAUACAACAUUUACCACGGAUAUUCUGGCAUUAAAGGAUGUUAAGGGUUUCUCUUGCGUUGAUUUAUUAAACGCUGGCAUGAAACAGUCGGGUGUUUUCUAUUUACAAAUUCGCGGCACCACCUAUUGGUUCUUGAAGGUAUUUUGCGAGCAGGAAGUUUCUGACGGCGGUUGGACGGUCAUACAAAGACGUGAUGAUUUUGGUGAGCCUAGAGAAAACUUUAAUCGUGAUUGGGCCGAUUAUAAAAAUGGUUUCGGUGAUCCAGGUAAAGAAUUUUGGUUGGGUAACGAAAAUAUCUAUAUGCUAACCAACAAUGAAGAUUAUAUACUGAGAGUAGAACUGGAAGAUUUUGAAGGAAAUAAGAGAUAUGCUCAAUAUUCACAUUUCAAAAUACAUUCGGAAGCUGAUUAUUACAAAUUGGAAAUUGAUGGCUAUGAAGGUAAUGCCGGUGAUUCUUUAAAUGAUCCUUGGUAUGGCUCAAAUAAUAGUCCAUUCUCAACAUAUAAUCGUGAUAAUGAUAGAUCAUCAUUGAAUUGUGCUAGUAUGCUAAAGGGCGGCUGGUGGUGGAAGUCAUGCGGUCGAGGUCUUAAUGGUCUUUACUUGCACGAUCCCCAGGACUUGACAGCACGUCAAGGUAUUGUUUGGUUCCGCUGGCGCGGAUGGGAUUACACUUUGAAAAAGGCCACCAUGAUGAUAAGGCCACGUGGUCCCCAGCCUAUGGGUGCCAAUUCAGCAUCCUCAUCAUCGUCGUCUUCCACGUAAACACCAUGUUAUACAUUAUUUUAUUAAUUAAACAUCAUUUUCUUGUAUAUUAAACUUUUCG